AUGAUGAAUCCGUCAGCCAGAAGAAAGCGACUGGCGUGUGCAGAGUGUACCCGGCGAAAGAUCAAGUGCGAUAAGGUCCUGCCGUGUCGGAAUUGCCGCCAUAGAGGCAGCGCCUGCUAUCGCUCACCGCACGAUUCUGCUUACUUGCGGGCGACUGGGGGAUCUUCGCAACUUCCCCAGCGCAGUGGAUCCCGCUCAACGAAACUGACUGGGACCCUCGCUGCGUGCCUCAACGAGCUGCAAGCUACACUACAGGCAGUGAGGACGCCCGACAGCUCAAGUCCCAACUUGAAUGACAGGGCAGUGUCUUUGUCUGGGGUACCGGAAGGCAUAUCAGCUCAAUCACCGUCGGAGGUGGAGGAGGCCAGUCCCAGCCGUGAGACGGCGGAAGUGGAGGAUGCUGCGACAAUCUUAGAAUUCCUGGCAUGGGGCCGACGGAAAGUUCCUGGCUACGACGGUCUACUUGGAGAUCCAACCUACGCGCCUGCACAGUCACCUGGAAAUGUAUCUCUACAGGGUGGUCCUGCAGACCCUCCUCCUCAGUUGCGUUUCACGGAUGAUGCGUCUUCGCUUCCACUCCUGCAACUGUUGCUUCCUGAGCCACUCACUUUACUGCGAAUGGUCAAGUACCACUGCGAGUGCCUUUUGUGGUAUCACGCUUCAUUCCAUGGGCGCGUAUUCCAGGGAGAAGUUGACCGUUUUUUCAAGCAACACCAUGGCCGCAUUGAUAACCAGCAGGUCGAUCUUCAAUGGGCUGCACUUCUUUUUGCCGUUCUGGCAGGAAGUUUGAUAUGUGCGCCCCGCUCAAUUUCAACUUCGUGGGGAUUUCAAGAUCCUGAGCGUACUAACCUGGCUCAUCGACUUUUCAAAGCCGCCCUGGUCUGUCUGAAUCUGGCAGAUUUUACUGCUCACCAUUCCUUAUAUGGGGUCGAGUGUAUUGCAACAAUGACAAUAAGCGCUCACUUAUUGGGUCAUUCUAAUAGCCACUCUGUCAAUCUUGCGUCUGCUGUUCGGAUCGCGCAGAGCCUGGAGAGCUAUCUGAUUCAUCGCCAAGAUUUUAAUACGGGCAAGCCUCAAAAUUGCAUGGAUGAUGACGGAAUGACCGCUAUCCCAGGCAAUAUACCAACUCUUCUGACCUAUCAUCGUUUCCUAUACGACAUCGCAAUAAUCAUGCCUCAGCUUCAAGAUGAUCUAUCUGCAUCUCAAACAUUAUACACAAAAUACGAGCAUGUCAUCCGAUACGACACAAAAUUGCGUACAUUGGUCAGCGAUCAUAUUCCUUCUUGCCUACGCAAUACUACUCUCGAAUCAUCUUGGCCGUCCUACGUACCGUGGGCACGACACUGCCUGACUAUUAGUUCCGCUCAUAAAGUUAUCAUGAUUCAUCGCAAGUUCCUCUGGUCGAGCUUCACCAAUCCGGCGUUUACAUUUACCCGCAAGACCUGUAUCGCGGCGGCGAAAACCAUAAUUCGGGAACAGAAGCAACUGGUUCGGGAGGAUGGACCGGUACUCUGGAUUUAUCACGCGUUCAGCGUGGCGGCAAGCAUCUUUUCUUCCUUCCACUCCCCGAUUGUGACCAACGAGAGAAUCGCGAGUUAG